UGAUUUACUCCCCUCCUUUCUCAGGACCUUCAGCCUUGUGGCUGUUGUGAAUCAGGGUGUGUCCCUUUGAGAUCACACUAUUUCCAUUGCCAUGAACAGUGACAACUCCAUUUCAAAGAUCCCCAGGGAAGAUACUCAGAAAUCACAGAAGAAAUACCAGGCCUUUGAGGAUAUUUCCAAAUAUUUCUCCAAGGAGGAGUGGGAAAAGCUGAGCUAUUCAGAGAAAAUCUCCUACGUAUACAUGAAAAGAAACUACACCACCAUGUCUAGCCUAGGUUUCAAUGCUACCCUCCCACCUUUCAUGGAACCCAAAGAGGAGGUGAAGGAAUCCCUGGGUACUGAUUCAGAUGAAGGCUGCAGCCAUAACAUGGAGAAAUGUGCUGACAAGCAACUGACAAAACGUCCAAAGGAAAAGGUGGUAUGCCAUGUCUGCACUAGAGAAAUGUCACUGCUGCUGACUGUGUUUCUAUGUGAUUUCCACAUUAAAAAGAUGGAUAAGAAGUCAGCAAAGGAGAGCAGUGGUCGUAAAGAACGACCCAGAGCAGUGGACUCCAAACAGGUGGCUGUGAAAACCAUGUGCCCCCCAGCAGAAGAAAGUGCUUCAGGCAAGUGCAAUGAGAAGACUUCAGGUAAGAGGAGGAAGAAAAAUAUCUGGACCCAUAGGCUGCGGGAAAGGAAGAAUCUUGUGGUAUAUGAAGAGAUUAGUGACCCUGAAGAGGAAGAUGAUGAGGAAGAUGAUGAUGAAAAACUAAAGGUAGAAGUAGAAGUAGUUGGCAAAGGAGAAGGAGAGGAAGAGGAAAAAGAAGAGUUCAAUGCGGAAGGAAAGGAAUCCAAUGAGGGAGAAAAAUACAGUGGAGGUGAGUUAGAAAAAUACAGUGAAGACCACAGUGGAGAAGAAUACAAUGAGGAAGAAGACUACAAUGAGGAAGACGAAGAAUACAGUGAAGAAGAGUCUGAUGAAGAAUACUUUGUUGGAGAAUAUGAAGACAAUGAUGACCUUGAUGUUUACGAUGAUGAUGAUGAAGAUGACUACUACAUUGGAGAAGAUUUAUACUACUUUGAAGAAGAAGAUGAUGAUGAUGACGACGAUGAUGAUGACGAUAUAGAAAUAGAAGAAUACAUCUUAGAAGAUGAAGAAUACUGA